CGAUGCUGUGUGGUUUGAAGCUGCCUUAUCGGUCGGGCUGGGUAAGGACUGAGUAGCGUUCGGCCUGUCUCUGAUGUUGAUGAUGUUGUUGUUGUAUUUUCGGGGUUCCCAGUCCCAGCCUGGCUGGCAGCGCUGUUGUGGCUCGAGUCAAUGGCCAGCUCUGGGACCUCCUGCGCCCCCUGGAGGUUGACUCGUCCGUGGAGCUCCUGCCGUUCAGUGAUCCAGUGGCUCAGAGGGUAUUCUGGCACUCCAGUGCCCACCUGCUUGGUGCUGCCAUGGAGUCUCUCUACGGGGGCAUGCUGUGCCGCGGGCCCUCCACCGAACACGGCUUCUUCUAUGACCUCUUCACGGAAGGCAGGUCUGUCGCCAGUAGUGACUUUGCCGAACUGGAGAGGAUCUGCCGGUCGAUGAUGAGAGAGAGACAUCCUUUCGAGAGAGUGGAGGUGCCGAGGGCGGAGCUUUUGGAGCUGUUCCAGUACAACGAGUUCAAGUUGCGGUUAAUCGAGAGGAAGGUGAGCACGCCGACAGCUACAGUUUACAGGUGUGGCUCACUGGUCGAUCUGUGUCGAGGGCCUCACAUCAGACACACAGGCCAGAUCAAAGCUUUCCGAAUCGAGAAGAGUGCGGCUGUGCACUGGGACGGGAAUCCAGAGAAGGAGCUGCUGCACAGGAUCCAUGGGAUUUCCUUCCCGGAUCCCAAGGGGCUGGCGGAGUGGGAUCGACUGCAGGAGGAGGCGAGGAACCGAGACCAUCGGAAGAUCGGGAAGGUGAGGUCUCUCUGGGUGCUCUGA